CACAUUGUUCUGAGAUCCCAAAACAAGAUGGGUGAUGAUAAAAAUGAUGCAAAAGAUGAUGCCUCUGAAUCUGGAGGGGUUCCUAGUACAGAGCCUAGUGAAAGCUCUUUUUAUGCAACUGAUGAAGAUGAAGAGGCCCAUAUAGAAUUGGGCCCCAAGAUGAGCAUUAGAGAGCAUCUUGAAAAGGAUAAGGAUGAUGAGAGCUUGAGGAGGUGGAAGGAGCAGCUGCUUGGAGGCGUUGAUGUCAAUGAGGUUGCAGAGGUAGUUAAAACUAGAGGUGGCAAAAUGGGUGGGUUGGGUAGGUUUGGGUUAUGGGCUAGGAUGGGUAUGGGUUAG